AUGGCUGGGGAUUUAGACAAGCCAUUGCUGGAUCCUGAUACUUUCAACAGAGAAGGAGUUGACUUGGGUUUAUUGCCACUGGAGGAGGUUUUUGAACACCUAAGAACAACUCCUAGAGGGCUUUUAUCUGAAGAAGCUGAAGAAAGAUUGAAGAUAUUUGGUCUUAACAGACUCGAAGAGAAACAGGAGAAUAAGUUUCUGAAGUUCCUAGGCUUUAUGUGGAAUCCCUUGUCAUGGGUUAUGGAAGCUGCAGCUUUGAUAGCCAUCGCCCUUGCAAACAGUGAAAGCCAGGGUCCUGACUGGGAAGACUUUGUUGGAAUAGUUUGUCUUUUACUGAUCAACGCAACAAUCAGCUUCUUUGAAGAGAACAAUGCUGGGAAUGCUGCUGCUGCUCUUAUGGCUCGUUUGGCUCUAAAAACUAGAGUUCUUAGAGAUGGACAGUGGCAAGAGCAGGAUGCGUCUAUCUUGGUACCUGGUGAUAUAAUUAGCAUAAAACUUGGAGAUAUCAUUCCUGCUGAUUCUCGCCUUCUUGAUGGAGACCCCUUGAAAAUUGAUCAGUCAGUGCUGACCGGUGAAUCGCUACCUGUGACCAAGAAGAAGGGUGAACAAGUCUUCUCUGGCUCUACUUGUAAGCAAGGUGAAAUAGAAGCUGUUGUGAUAGCCACUGGUUCUAGCACUUUCUUUGGUAAGACAGCAUGUUUGGUGGACAGCACAGAUGUAACUGGACAUCUUCAGCAGGUUCUGACAUCAAUUGGGAACUUCUGCAUUUGCUCCAUUGCUGUUGGAAUGGUUCUUGAAAUCAUUGUCAUGUUCCCUAUACAACACCGCCCCUACAGGGUUGGGAUCAAUAACCUUCUUGUCCUACUUAUUGGAGGUAUACCCAUUGCCAUGCCCACUGUACUAUCUGUCACACUUGCCAUUGGGUCUCAUAGACUUUCACAACAGGGUGCCAUUACCAAAAGGAUGACCGCAAUAGAGGAGAUGGCUGGGAUGGAUGUCCUCUGCUGUGAUAAAACUGGAACACUUACCUUAAAUAGUCUUUCCGUUGAUAGAAAUCUCAUUGAGGUUUUUGCCGACUAUAUGAACAAGGACACAGUUUUGUUGCUUGCAGGCCGAGCAUCACGGCUAGAGAAUCAGGAUGCUAUAGAUACAGCAAUUGUUAGCAUGCUUGCUGAUCCUAGAGAGGCUCGUGCAAACAUUAAAGAAGUUCAUUUCUUGCCAUUCAAUCCUGUGGACAAACGUACUGCAAUAACAUAUAUUGAUUCUGAUGGUAAAUGGUAUCGCGCUACCAAAGGAGCUCCUGAACAAGUUCUAAGCCUGUGUCAACAUAACAAUGUGAUUGCGCAAAGAGUUCAUGCCAUUAUCAAUAGAUUUGCUGAAAAAGGUUUGAGGUCUUUAGCAGUUGCUUAUCAGGAAAUUCCAGAAAGAAGCAGCAAUAGCCCUGGAGGACCAUGGAAGUUCUGUGGUUUGUUACCACUGUUUGAUCCUCCAAGGCAUGACAGUGGUGAAACCAUCCUUAGAGCUCUUAACCUUGGAGUUUGUGUUAAGAUGAUCACCGGUGAUCAGUUAGCAAUAGCAAAGGAGACAGGCAGACGUCUUGGUAUGGGAACCAACAUGUAUCCUUCUUCCUCUUUGUUAGGCCACAACAACAAUGAUGAGCAUGAAGCCAUUCCAGUGGAUGAGCUAAUUGAAAUGGCAGAUGGAUUUGCUGGAGUGUUCCCUGAACACAAGUAUGAGAUUGUGAAGAUUCUACAAGAAAAGAAGCAUGUGGUUGGGAUGACCGGAGACGGUGUGAAUGAUGCUCCUGCUCUCAAGAAAGCUGACAUUGGAAUAGCUGUAGCUGAUGCAACAGAUGCUGCAAUAAGUUCUGCUGACAUAGUACUAACUGAGCCUGGAUUAAGUGUAAUCAUCAGUGCUGUCUUGACUAGCAGAGCCAUUUUCCAGAGGAUGAAGAACUAUACAGUAUAUGCAGUCUCAAUCACCAUAAGAAUAGUGCUUGGUUUUACACUUUUAGCAUUGAUAUGGGAAUAUGACUUCCCACCUUUCAUGGUUCUAAUCAUUGCAAUACUCAAUGAUGGAACCAUCAUGACUAUCUCCAAAGAUAGAGUUAGGCCAUCUCCUACACCGGAGAGUUGGAAGCUCAACCAGAUAUUUGCGACUGGAAUUGUCAUUGGAACAUACUUAGCAUUGGUCACAGUCCUGUUCUACUGGCUCAUUGUCUCUACCACCUUCUUCGAGAAACACUUCCAUGUAAAAUCAAUCGCCAAGAACACUGAACAAGUCUCAUCCGCUGUGUAUCUCCAAGUGAGCAUCAUUAGCCAAGCACUCAUAUUCGUAACACGUAGUCGAAGCUGGUCAUUUCUAGAACGUCCCGGGACUCUCCUGAUCUUUGCUUUCCUUGUUGCUCAACUUGCGGCUACAUUGAUUGCUGUCUAUGCCAAGAUCAGCUUUGCUAACAUCACAGGCAUUGGAUGGGGAUGGGCAGGUGUUAUAUGGUUAUACAGUCUGAUAUUUUAUGUACCUCUAGAUGUUAUAAAGUUUGUCUUCAAUUAUGCAUUGAGUGGAGAUGCUUGGAACCUCGUAUUAGACCGUAAGACAGCGUUUACUUAUAAGAAAGAUGAUGGAACGGCGAAUGUAACCAUCACUCAGAGAAGUCAUUCAGCAGAAGAGCUCGGUGGAAGUCGCUCUCGCCCUUCUUGGAUCGCUGAACAAACCAGAAGGCGUGCAGAAAUCGCCAGGCUCGUGGAGGGCCACUCGGUUUCAAGGCAUUUAGAAUCUGUGAUCAAGCUCAAACAAAUUGACUCAAAGAUGAUCCGUGCAGCUCAUACUGUCUAAAACAACUCUGUUUUGAUUGUUCCCUAACUCUGUAAGGUCAAGAGAAAUAAAGAACAAAAACAAGAGCGUUUGUAUGUUCUGUGUAGUUGGUAAUGUAGUGUUGUCUUCUGGUGACAGCAGAAUUCAAACAUAUCCCUU